CACAUGAACACGUACAUCAUUGUUAUGUGUCAUACAACAAUUCACAUGUUUCUUUUAUAUUGUCAAUAAAGUGUAUUAAUUAUUGAAAAAAUACGUGAAUAAUUAAAAUUAAUUAUUACAAUAUUAUUAUUUUAAAAUAAUAUUUAAAAAAUUAAACAACAAUAAUGUCAGGAACUUUGAAACCUUAUCUUACUGCAGUGAGACAUACUUUAACAGCAGCAAUGUGUAUGGAAAAUUUUUCAUCCCAAGUUGUUGAAAAACAUAACAAGCCAGAAAUUGAAGUUGGAAUAAGUAAAGAAUUAUUAUUAACACCUGUUAUUAUUAGUAGAAAUGAUAAAGAAAAAGUGUUGAUUGAAUCAAGCAUUAAUAGUAUGAGAAUAAGUAUAGCUGUUAAACAAGUUGAUGAUUUGGAAAAAAUACUUUGUCAUAAAUUUACAAGAUUUAUGAUGAUGAGAGCUGAAAAUUUUUUAAUUUUAAGAAGAACACCAAUCAAGGGAUAUGACAUCAGUUUUCUCAUUACAAAUAUUCACAUUGAACAAAUGUACAAACACAAAAUUGUUGAUUUUGUUAUACAUUUUAUGGAGGAAAUUGAUCGAGAAAUAAGUGAAAUGAAAUUAUCAAUGAAUGCAAGAGCUCGAAUUUGUGCUGAAGAAUUUUUAAAAAGAUUUUAAUAAAAGUAGUUAUUAGCUAGUUGCUAAAAAAACAAUUAAGUCCAAGGAUCAAACUACAGGAUCUUCAAAAGACCACUUAUAUAUUUUGGACAAUGUGUUGGGUUUGCCAAAUAAAAAAAAUUAAAAAAAAAAAAAAAAAAA